GCUUUUUUAUUGCUUUUUUCUUCCUUUCUUUGUGUUACUUUACAGAAAACAAGAUUCUGACUGGCUGUCCUUUUGAACAUCUUUUAGCUCUAUGAAUCCUAGUUGUUGUCACACAGUGAUUAUAUAAUCUGUGUAAAAAUUGUUCUGUACUAGUUUCCUUAUUCCACUUGGAAUAAUCACAUUUUUACCACUUACCAUUCAGACAUGUGUUUUCUUUUCCUGGGUUGUUUCAGAAAGUGAGUUUCUGACUUUUUUGUACAAUGAUUAAGUUACAUAUUUGUGUCUAAGUGAAGGUGUGAGCUGAGAAUUUACGGAAAAGGGUCCGGGUUCUUGACAAUCGUAGAAACGGGCUAUAGCAUGUUUCUUUGUUAAGCACAAGGAGCAAGAAGAAUUGAACUGAAUUGAGAAGUAGUUUGCAGUGCAGCUAUGUCUUCACCUUCUUGGCUCAGUGAUUUUGAGUGUUCUGCAUCAACCUCAGGAUUUUCACAGUGGUUAGGUUUCAUAUUUGUUUCUCCUUGUUCACAAAGAAUCUUGUUUUCAUCCAUUGAUCUUAUAUUUCUGCUAAGCCUUUUAGUGUUUGGACUCCAGAAGUUAUGUUCAAGGUUUAUAUAUAAACAGAACAUCAGUUCUAAUUAUAUGAAUGAACCCCUUCUUGAAGAAACCAGGAAAAUUUCUUAUACAGUCACCCUUUGGUUCAAAUUAUCUGUAGUUGUUGCCUGCUUGUUAACCAUAGCUUACACAGUGCUGUGUGUGUUGUCAUUCAUUCGAGGCGUAUCGACAUCAUGGAAGCUGAUAGAGGGUUUGUUUUGGUUAGUUCAAGCUCUGACCUUUCUUGCAAUCUCAGUUCUUGUUGCACAUGAAAAGAAAUUUAAUGCUGUUGUUCAUCCCUUUACACUUAGAUUGUAUUGGAUAGCACAUUUUGUGAUUGUAGUUUUGUUUGCUGCAUGUGCUAUAACUAGACUGGUUAUGAAAAAUGAGUAUUUGGAAGAGUAUGUGAUGAUAGAUGAUAUAUUUUUCUUAGCCAGUCUUCCUUUGUCUGCAUUUCUGUUUGUUGUCGCGAUUUACGGAACCUCUGGGAUUGUUGUCUUUACAGAGAAUGGUAUAGACCAUAGUUUAGUAACAGAAUUGAAUGGGCCUAAUGUGAGGGAUUUGAAUGUGAGUGGAUAUGCUAAUGCUUCUUGGUUAUCUAGAGGAACAUGGUAUUGGAUGAGUCCACUGAUAACCAAGGGUUAUAAAUCUCCGCUGACAAUAGAUGAUGUCCCCACUCUUCCAGCUGAUCAUAGAGCAGAAAGAAUGGCAGAUUUGUUUGAGAUGAACUGGCCUAAAGAAGGUGAAAAUCUGAAGAAUCCUGUUAGGGACACUUUGAUCCGGUGCUUCUGGAAGCAAAUUGUCUUCACUGGUUUCCUGGCCCUUCUGCGUUUAUCUGUUAUGUACAUUGGUCCUAUGCUAAUACAAAAUUUCGUUGAUUAUACUUCUGGAGAUAGAAGCAACCCACUUGAAGGAUAUUAUCUGAUAUUGAUACUGUUAUCAGCGAAAUUCGUGGAAGUUCUUAGUUCACAUCAAUUUAACUUCCAGUGCUCGAGACUUGGGAUGCUCAUUAGGUCUUCCCUCAUUACAUCUUUGUACAAGAAGGGCCUAAGGUUGUCUUGCUCAUCUCGGCAGGAUCAUGGAGUAGGACAGAUUGUUAAUCAUAUGGCUGUUGAUGCCCAGCAACUCUCUGACAUGAUUCCACAGCUACACCCAAUAUGGAUGACACCUUUACAAAUUGCAGUAGCUUUGUCUCUCCUCUAUAGCACUAUGGGUCUCUCAAUGAUUGCAGCGACCAUUAUAGUCAUAGGGACAAUGUUUUUUACUCUGUGGAUUACUCGCAAGAAUAACAGGUUUCAGUACAAUAUAAUGAGGAACAAGGAUUCAAGAAUGAAAGCAACAAAUGAGUUACUCAGCAAUAUGCGUGUCAUCAAAUUUCAAGCAUGGGAGGAACACUUUAAUAAAAGGAUUCAGUCUUUCCGAGAUCUGGAGUAUGGCUGGCUCAGUAAAUUCAUGUAUGCAAUUUCUACUAACAUGGUUGUGCUCUGGAAUAUUCCUAUGGUCAUGGCAGUGGUUACAUUUGGAGUUGCACUUUGGUUGAAUGUUAUCCAUCUUGAUGCAGGAACAGUGUUUACAGCAACAACAAUUUUCAGAAUUUUGCAGGAACCUAUCCGGACCUUUCCACAAUCUCUUAUCUCAGUAUCACAGGCAUUAGUUUCCUUGGGAAGGUUGGACGGGUUCAUGACAAGCAAGGAAUUGGAGAAUAGAUCUGUGGAGAGAGUGCUAGGCUGUGGUGGCUGUACUGCAGUGGAAGUGAAAGGUGGGAACUUUUCAUGGGAUGAUAAUGAUGGUAUUGCAAUUCUGAAGAAGGUGAAUAUUACAAUCAAGAAAGGAGAGCUUGCAGCAAUUGUUGGAACUGUUGGAUCAGGGAAGUCUUCCUUACUGGCUUCAAUACUUGGGGAGAUGCACAAACUUUCAGGGGAGGUCCGAGUUUGUGGGACAACUUCAUAUGUGGCUCAAACAUCUUGGAUACAGAAUGCAACUAUUGAAGAAAAUAUCUUGUUUGGUUCACCAAUGAACAGGAAAAUGUACGAGGAAGUAUUACGAGUUUGUUGCUUGCAAAAGGAUAUGGAAAUUAUGGAGCAUGGGGACCAGACAGAGAUUGGAGAACGUGGAAUCAAUCUCAGUGGUGGCCAAAAGCAGCGGAUACAGCUUGCUAGAGCUGUAUAUCAGGACUGUGAUAUAUAUCUUCUUGAUGAUGUCUUUAGUGCUGUUGAUGCGGAAACAGGAUCAGAAAUAUUCAAGGAAUGUGUGAGGGGAGCCCUCAAAGAUAAAACAGUUUUGCUUGUUACUCACCAAGUUGAUUUCUUGCACAAUGCUGAUCUCAUACUGGUCAUGCGAGAUGGGGAGAUUGUGGAAUCUGGAAAGUAUGAACCACUUCUAAUAUCUGGCAUGGAUUUUGGUGCUCUUGUAGCUGCCCAUGAAACUUCGAUGGAGCUUGUUGGGACGAGCACCACAGCGGCCAGUGAUGAUUCGCUGGAGAGGCCAAAGUCCCCUCUUGCCUCUUCUAGCCCAAAGAAACCGACAGGUGAAAAUGGCGUAUUAGCUCAAUCAAAUUCCAAGAAGGGAAACUCAAAGCUCAUUGAGGAGGAAGAGAGGGAGAGUGGCCAGGUGAGCUUCGGAGUCUAUAAGCAGUAUUUCACCGAAGCAUUUGGAUGGUGGGGAGUAGCAGGAGUACUACUAAUAUCUCUUUUGUGGCAAGGAUCUUACAUGGGAAGUGAUUAUUGGCUAGCUUACGAGACUUCAGAAGAACGAAAAUUCGUUCCUUCUCUGUUUAUCACAGUUUAUGCAAUCUUUGGUGUCGUUUCAUGUGUAUUUGUGCUAGGUAGAGCGUUUUUCGUAACAUAUUUGGGCCUGAAGACAGCACAGAGCUUCUUCCGUCGAAUUCUACACAGCAUUCUGCAUGCUCCAAUGUCAUUUUUUGACACUACUCCUUCAGGAAGAAUAUUAAGCCGCGCAUCAAGUGAUCAAGCCAAUAUUGAUUUUCUGAUCCCCUUCUUUCUGAGUAUGACAAUCACAAUGUACUUCUCAUUGCUCGGAGUUUUGGUCAUUACAUGCCAGUAUGCUUGGCCAACAGUGUUUUUUCUGGUCCCUCUGGUUUGGCUCAACAUCUGGUAUCGGGGAUACUAUCUUGCAUCAUCUCGUGAACUAACCAGGCUUGAUCAAAUAACUAAAGCACCAGUCAUUCAUCAUUUCUCAGAGACGAUUUCUGGUGUUAUGACCAUUCGUUGCUUCAGGAAGCAGGGUAGGUUUAUUCAAGGAAAUAUUGACAAAGUUAAUGCAAAUCUGCGGAUGGAUUUCCACAACAACGGAUCAAAUGAAUGGUUAGGUUUCCGCUUGGAGCUAUUGGGGUGCUUAGUUAUGUGCGUUUCUGCCUUGUUUCUAAUCUUGCUUCCUAGCACUAUUAUCAAACCAGAGAAUGUUGGUUUGUCUCUUUCCUAUGGACUUUCAUUGAAUGGUGUGCUGUUUUGGACCGUAUAUUUGAGUUGCUUUGUGGAAAACCGAAUGGUGUCAGUUGAAAGAAUAAAACAAUUCAUAAGCAUCCCUUCUGAAGCUGCAUGGAAGAUGGCAGAAUCUCUCCCUUCUCCAGAUUGGCCUGAAAAUGGAAACAUUGAGAUAACCAAUCUGCAGGUAAGAUACCGAUCAAAUACUCCUUUAGUUCUCAAGGGAAUCACUCUUAGUAUUCGUGGAGGAGAUAAGAUUGGUGUUGUUGGUCGAACUGGAAGUGGGAAGUCUACUCUUAUUCAAGUUUUCUUUCGGCUGGUGGAGCCUUCUGGUGGAAAGAUAGUCAUCGAUGGCCUUGACAUAUGCAAGCUUGGCCUACAUGAUCUCAGGUCCCGUUUUGGGAUUAUUCCACAGGAUCCUGUUCUAUUUGAAGGAACCGUCAGAAGCAAUAUUGAUCCGAUUGGGCUGUAUUCAGACGAAGACAUAUGGAAGAGUCUUGAACGCUGCCAACUAAAAGACGUGGUGGCUGAAAAGCCUGAGAAACUCGACGCUUCUGUGGUUGAUAGUGGAGAAAACUGGAGCGUGGGGCAAAGACAGCUUCUUUGCCUAGGACGCGUAAUGCUGAAGCACAGCAGGAUUCUGUUUAUGGACGAAGCAACAGCCUCAGUUGAUUCCCAAACUGAUGCUAUUAUUCAAAAAAUCAUCCGAGAAGAAUUUAAAGACUGUACAAUUAUCACAAUUGCUCACAGGAUCCCCACAGUCAUUGAUUGUGACAAGGUGUUGGUCAUCGAUGCUGGUUUGGCGAAAGAAUAUGAUGCACCGUCUGAGUUGCUUGAGAGGCCUUCUCUGUUUGCAGCAUUAGUUCAGGAGUACUCCAACAGAUCGUCGGGAUUAUGAGUUUCCACAAACCAUCCAAUUUUCCAAGAAGAGAAUACCCCGCUCGAUCUGGAGUUUUAAAUUGCCUAAAUGUGUUACUGGCACGACACAAACUUUAGAAUAGUCUAAUUACGUCCAACUCUGACCCCAGGAAAAUUUUCAUUUUCUUGUGGUCCGGAAAGAAGAGGUUGAUGAUCAGGUGCAAUCAGUAGAUCAUAAGAUCCAGCUUUAGACAUCUCAAUACAAUGCUGAGACCUACAUAGUUUUUUUGUUUUUUUUUUUUAAAUGAGACCUACAUAGUUGAAAGCAAUACUGUAGUGAUUGCUGAUAGACUGUGAUUAAUAAACAGACCUCGUUUGUUUCUA